AGCAUUAACUGUUUUAACCUAGUGGAGGGCCCUAAAAUGCGCCUGGUGCGUGCAGGUCAGGUGCAGCUUAUAAAGUUACGCCGCGCCCGGUUUCGUCGAGGAAGCUGCUGAUCGAUUAACAAGUAAAGGAGGUGGAAAGCAAAAUAAAAAUGUCCACAAAUGUAGCACCUACCUGGGAAUUGGACUUCCUUGAAAGCUGCUCUCUCCAGCCUUGAUCCCUUCUUCUUCUUCUUCUUCCUUUCUGCUACAAUUAUCAUUUGUUGAUCCUCGCUAUUUUUCUUUUUUUUUUUUGGGAAAAAGAAAAAAAAAGCAAAUGAUCUCCAACGGGUUCAACGAUCCAUGUCGUCGGAUAUAAGCUAAACCUUUCUGCACAAUCUUCGUUGCUGUCCCUCUCUCUAGUUUCUCACUUUCCCUUCAACGACUCGAAACUAAGUUGUUUUCAUUCUUUGUCGCGAGAACCAAAAAAUAUGAUGGCUAAAUGCAGCAACUUUAACGGAGUGUACUGCGACGAGAGUUUCGUGAUUGAUCUCGCAGUUCGAUCUUGUAAUCGGCAUCUGCGGCGAAACUUUUAAAGGAUCGUUUUUCCUUUUUGGUUUCCUUCUCUUGUUUGCCGAAGAGGGAAUGGGAACGGAUAGUCUGUUACUGGCAACGGUGGGACCGCCGAUAAAACCACGAGCGGGGUUGAGGAGAAAACAGGCUGGAAGAGGCUCUUACAGAGGAAGCUAGGGGCUUUAUUGCAAACAAAUAAAGACUUAGUUUGGGGGGGUGAUUUUGAUUGAAAUUUUGCUGUUUUUUAGGUGGGUGGAGUGGGGGGCCAUUUUUGAACAAAAUUAAAAGUUGGUUUCUUUGACGAGAGUAGAGAUGGGUAGCAGUACAAGUAGCAGUGGUUUGCACCAGAUACUGAGAAAUCUCUGUCUCAAUACGGAGUGGAAGUACGCCGUUUUCUGGAAGCUUAAGCAUCGAGCUCGAAUGGUGCUGACUUGGGAGGAUGCGUACUAUGACAAUCAUGACCAACAUGAUCCUUCGGAGAAUAAUUGUUUCCAUCAUACACUAGAAAACUUGCACAGUGGAUAUUAUUCACAUGAUCCCCUUGGUUUAGCUGUGGCAAAGAUGUCUUAUCAUGUAUAUUCUCUAGGGGAAGGGAUUGUUGGACAGGUGGCAGUUUCUGGAAAGCAUCAGUGGAUAUUUGCCGAUAAGCAUGUUAACAGCCCCUGCUCAUUGUUUGAGUUCUGUGAUGGUUGGCAAAGUCAAUUUGCAGCAGGGAUCAGGACCAUUGCUGUUGUUGCUGUUGUUCCACAUGGAGUUGUGCAGCUUGGCUCCUUAAAUAAAGUAUUUGAGGAUGUGAAGCUACUAAGUCACAUCAGAGAUGUUUUUUUUGCUCUUCAAGAUUCUUCUGUAGGGCAUUUUGCCAGUCCAAUAGAAUAUAGCAUGAAGAGUUCAUUAUUUCAGCUAGAUUUACCUACAAAACUUUUAGAUUCAGAUGGUAUUCCUUUAGAUAAAACUGUAGAUGAGCAAGGGCCGGAUGCUUUGUUGCCUGAGUUUUCACAUCCCAGGAAGUACAGUGAUAGAUUGUUUGUUCUUCCACUGUCCAAUAAUCAUCCCAAAGGGGCAGUGGAAGUGGAAAAUAAGCAUGAAGGACUUGAACUAUUCUCAGCAAGAAAUGAUGAGAGUGCUAAAUUACUGACACCAAGAUCCAAUGUUUCCAAUUUGGAGCAUCAAAAUCAGUUAGGGAGGAUUUUGAUAAACAAUGGGGUAUGGAAAGGGGAGAAUAGUGGAUGGAAAAAUUCAAGUUUGGUACCAGAAAAUGUCUAUGCGAACAAUCCUGUUGGCUGCAGGGAACGGUAUGGAGUUGAUCAUGCAUACUUCUCCUCAAACUUCCUUCACUCUGCACAUUGUGAUACCGUUAAGUCGAGUAGUUUGAGUUCUUAUCCAAAUGAGGUGUUGGAUAUGCCUGAAUCUUCAGACAUGAAAUUUCAAAAAGACUUAAAGAAGUUGGGGAAUCAAAAUGAUAUAAGUCACUUGGACCCGAUGAACACUUCCUUGAAGUUUUCUGCUGGAUGUGAGCUUUAUGAAGCACUGGGACCAGCUUUUAUCAGAAAGAGUAUCUAUGCUGAUUGGCAGGCAGAGAAUAUGGAGGCUGGAGGUAAUAUCGAAAUGCCAGAGGGAAUGAGCAGCAGCCAGUUGACUUUUGAAUCUGGUUCAGAGAAUCUCCUAGAAGCAGUAGUGGCAAAUAUUUGCCGUAGUGGUAGUGAUAUCAAAACUAAAAGAUCAUCUUGCAGAUCAGCACCAUCAUUGUUGACAACUGGAAAUACACCAGUGCCUUCAAGCCAAACGAAGCAUACCAUUAAUUCAGCAGGUUAUUCAAUUAACCAGUCCUCUCUUGUGGAAGAUAACGGACAGCACUGCCUGAAUUCAUCAGAGAUAUGUGGUGCAAUGUCUUCCAAAGGAUUUUCUUCUACUUGCCCCAGCAAUUGCAGUGAGCAGUUUGAGAGGUCUUCAGAGCCAGCUAAGAACAACAAAAAGAGGGCUAGACCUGGUGAAAAUCCCAGGCCAAGGCCAAGGGACAGACAACUUAUUCAAGAUCGUAUUAAGGAGCUAAGGGAGCUUGUGCCCAAUGGAGCAAAGUGCAGUAUUGAUUCAUUGCUGGAGCGCACAAUCAAGCACAUGGUCUUUCUGCAAGGCAUCACUAAGCAUGCUGACAAGCUCAGUAAAUGUGCUGAAUCAAAGAUUCAUCACAAGGGAGCUGGCAUUCUUGGCUCAUCCAAUUAUGAACAAGGUUCGAGCUGGGCAGUGGAAGUGGGAAGCCAUCUAAAAGUUUGCUCAAUAGUAGUGGAGAAUACAAACAAAAAUGGGCAGAUGCUUGUAGAGAUGUUGUGUGAGGAGUGUAGUCAUUUUCUUGAAAUAGCAGAGGCGAUCAGAAGCUUGGGCCUGACAAUCUUAAAAGGGGUUACAGAAGCACACGGUGAGAAGACUUGGAUAUGUUUUGUGGUUGAGGGACAGAACAAUAGAGUUAUGCAUAGAAUGGAUAUCUUAUGGUCGCUUGUCCAAAUUUUGCAAUCCCAGGCUACAAACUAGCAGCAAUGGCUUGUUACCUCUUGGAAGCAGUCAUCUUGGCUCCUAUGUAAAAUAUUGUGAGUGGUUUGCGAUUUGAUUGGCUGAAUGGUGUUUGCUUCUUGUCUUUGUCUCCCUGUCCCCUAAAAAAUAUUUAAGGUAGGGGAAACGGAGACAAAGCAUUGCUUAAGAAACAUUUUGUGAAGAGUUUUUUGCAUCUGUUCCUCAUAGUGUGUGGGAAAUACCAUCUAUUGAUUUCUUCCCUCCUUUCCCAGUUUACAUUAGACAUCAUGAGUUAUUUGUAAGUGGUGAUAAUAUUCCAAUCUGGGGUGCAUUAGUUGGAUAUUUUCUAUCUGAAA